AUGGCUACAUGGUUUAGAGAAUCAUCCUCAGUUGUGGCUGCUGUGUCUAGGCUAAAGUCUAAAAUUUUAACAAUUCUGUUGCAUCUGUGUGAAGCAGAAAGCAUAUCUUACCUGGAUGAGAUUGCCAGCACCCCUCAAAGCAUGAAUUUGGCAAAGUCUGUUGCAUUAGAGGUUCUUGAGUUACUGAAGACUAUGUUUGCUAGAGAUCCCAAACAACUUAAUGCUUGCUCUGACAAAAAUUACCCAAUAGGCCUUUUGCAACUGAAUGCAAUGCGCCUGACAGAUAUCUUCUCUGAUGACUCAAAUUUUCGCUUUUACAUCACAACAUACUUUACAGAAGUUUUGACUGCAAUUUUUUCAGUCCCCCAUCAAGAGUUCUUGUCUAGUUGGUGUUCAUCUGACCUUCCUUUUCCGGAAGAAGAUGCUACAGUGGAGUUUGACUCACAUGUGGCAUCUGGGUGUGUUUUGGAUUCAUUGUCAUCGUCAGAUUUACUGAAUGUAAUGAGUUCAGGAUUCACUCUCAUUCCUAGUAUCAUGCCUCGGGCUUCCUAUGCGCAUCAGAGAGUAUCAUUAUUGGUGAAAAUAAUAGCAAAUCUCCAUUGUUUUGCACCAAAGAUCUGUAAAGAGGAGAAGGAUGUCUUCCUUAACAAGUUUCUUGAGUGCUUACGAGGGGAGCUACCUGAAUCAUCAGCUUCGGAUGCUGAAAAAGCUCGCAUAGUUAUCAAGAAUCUACGUUCCUUGUUGAGUCAUGCAGAGUCUCUGACUCCUCCCUUCUUAAAUGACGAGGAUGUGCAACUGUUAAG